CUUUAUACCAUAGUUGGUGACGAAAAGAAACGUUGAGGCAUAUUCCUUUUAAUCACCACCGCACAAUUAGGUUUAGGGCAGUCAUGGCGACAAUCACUUGCAAAGGGAAGGCGCUCGAAUUCGGCAGCGGCUGUACGCUUGGAGCGAUUCUGCAGGUUCUAGGCCGUAAGUUCGGGGAAUGCAGCGAAAGCCCCCCAUGUGUGUAUUCCUCUAGUGGCAAGAUCUUCCUUGCCCCUGAUGAACUUCUCCCUGAUGGGGAUUACACAUACAUUGGCAAUACAAGUUUGUCGAAUCCGUGUUGCUCUCCUUCAAGCCAGGGCUACAACGUUGUCAUGGCAAGACAGAUGGUGCCAGAUCCGCAGGUUCUCAGCUUCAUGCCUGCCACUGCGGUACCCCCAUUACCGUUACAGCUGAUGCACAAAGUCUUUGGACGUUUUAUCAGCGACUUGAGGGGAGAAUUGCCUGAUCCCACCAUGGCCGACUACAUGCACUUCAAUGACUUGGUAACUGCCUGCUCCACUUUCUACGACCACGAGAGCGACCUGAGGACCGAACUGCGGCAAAUAUGGCGGGGGUACCUCGAGGUGAACGUUGUCGACGAGAUGUACACAGGUUCUUGUAAUAAGCACACGACAGAUCUUUGGACUUGGGAUCCUCUUCACGAUGCUCUCGUGCUACUUAAAGAAGUGAAGCGAGGAACAUCGACGAGCCACACUGAACCACUGAUGCAGGCUGUCACCAACUACGAGCUCAACUGGAACGCAGCACGGAGGGGUGUGAAGGCGCUUAUGUCUGACACCUGCUUACCAGCUCUCAUCGUUCAACACAUUGGUCAGCUGCUCUUAGUUGGAGGGGUUAUCACGUUGCCAGCAGGUGAUGGUGGUGAGAAAAAGGACAAGAUUUGCUAUCAGCCAUUGGCGUCCGCUUAUCUCGCUCCGCUCCACGGACAUGAUGUGUCGCUAGCGAUGGAUGGUGUGAGGACUUGCAUGGCAAUCAAAGCUGCAGUCGCAAGGCUGAUAACUUUCUACGGGAAUUGGGGCGAUCGAAAUUGCAAGAAAGGACCGUCCUCCAAGAGGCGUGAGCUGUUUAGGAGGAGGAUUCCAGGGCUGCUGCAUCGUGAAGCAGUGAAGCCGGGGGUCAGGGUGGAUCUGGCAUGUGAGCACAAGCGGGUCUACAUUCUGAAGAAGCCUGGAGAAGAUUGUGUCAUCAAGUACUGUCAGCAGGACUACGGGGCUGAUGUUCAUAGGGCGUGGGGUGAGGCAGGACUUGCGCCAAAGCUUCUCUCCUUAAAACAGGUUGGGGGAGGCUGGCUUGAAGUGAGGAUGGAAUGGCUCCCGGAAGAAGACGGUUGGAAGCUCUUGUAUGGCCUCCCGGAGGCGGAUAACCUCAGAGACGAAGUUGUUUCCAAUCUGGCAAAGGCACACAAGGUUGAAGUGCGGAAGUGGAAGGGUGGAACGACUUAUGGCGUUCAUGGUGACAUGCGGGACAGCAAUGUCAUGGUGAAGAUGACGAAUGGGCAGCUUGAGGUGCGUUUCAUAGAUUUCGACUGGGCCAAGGAGGAAGGCUUGCCUGGGUCGUUGUAUCCCAGUUUCAUCAACCAUGAAGGUGUCAACUGGUCACUGGGUGUUGGGGAAGGGCUGCGGAUGCUGCAAGAGCAUGACAAAUAUCUUCUGGGACUUCCACAGGCUAAGCAAAUCAAAGUGGAAGAGAAAGAGGAUGAUGAUGAGGAUGAUGAUGAAGAUGAAGAUGAUGAUGAUGAUGAUGAUGAUGACUAUAUGGAACCGAAUAGGAAAAAGCUGAGGCUCUAAAUUGGCUCUUA